CAGCAGAGCUGUGUGGGCAGAAAGUUGAAGGAGAAGCGUUAGAGCUGCAGCCGAGACAUUUUGCUCAGCACCAUGGACAGCGAACGAUUGGGAGCCUGAAAAACACCUUUAAUGGAUAUUGGAGAACUAUUGGAGAAUCAGAGGACUGAAUGAAUCAUUAGAACUUUAGUUUGAGGGAUCGAAUAAUUCCAUCCGAGUACAGAGAGAAUCGGACUUUUCCAUUUCUCGCCAAAGUCUGCCUGGUUUUGACCUGGUCUCUGCGUAUAUUUUUUUUCGUAUUGGUCAUUUGCAGGUGGAAUACUAUCAAGUCAAAGGCAAAGAUUUAAGAAACCUCUACCAAAAGGCUUAACCUUUAGGCUAUAACAAGCAUUCAUUCAUUCAUUGCCGUGCGUAAAAGCGGUGCCACUGCUGCCAGCGAGACUCCUGCUUUUGUGUCAGUGAUACCGAAAAGGCAAAGAAAGAAAUAGAGGCAUCAACGAUAUAUUACCGUUUAUUUUUAUCCAAAUAUUGACAUGACUCCACGUGAAAACUACUCACAAGAACAGGACACAUGGUAGCACACUCCUCUUUUUCCAAACUCACUAUUCUCAGCUGUGGCCAAGAGCGCACACUUCAAAGCAGCGAGUCUCCUCCUUUCUCUUUUAUGCAUACAGUUCAAUUUGAGGCAAAUCAGAGUCGUUUUCAAUUUAUUUCAACUGUGCUGGCUGCUGAUCCUAAUUCAAUGUUCUACAGUGAGCAUGAGGAAGUAACGAGGCAGAAUUAGAGACUUUGCUCUGAAUCAGUGCAAACAGGACGACUGAAAUCUGCAUGCGAGCUGUGCGCAAUGGAGACCCUGGACCAGAACCACUGGUAUCCCCUCUCACCGGACUUCAACUCCUCUGCAACCGCUCACUCGCCCUUCCUCUUCUCCUACCCGAACCUCUUCAACACCUCCUCCAACCUGUCCACCCAGAGCGUCCCCUUCCAAGGCAGCAGCACCCUCAUGACAGCGGUCAUCUCCCUCACCGUGUUCGUGGUGGGUCUGACCGGCAACACUCUGGCCAUCUACGUGGUGCUGCGCUACGCCAAGAUGAAGACCGUCACCAACAUCUACAUCCUGAACCUGGCCGUGGCCGACGAGCUUUACAUCCUCGGUCUCCCCUUCCUCACCACGCAAAACGUGCUCUCUUAUUGGCCGUUUGGCUCCUUCCUGUGCCGCCUCGUUAUGACUGCGGACUCAAUGAACCAGUUCACGUCUAUUUUCUGCCUCACGGUUAUGUCCAUCGACCGUUACCUGGCUGUAGUUCAUCCAAUCCGCAGCACCAAGUGGAGGCACCCUCGGGUGGCCAAGAUGGUGAGCGCAGCCGUGUGGGCCGUGUCCUUUGUGGUGGUCCUGCCAGUGGUCAUCUUCUCUGAUGUGCAGGACACAUUUAACUCUUGCAACAUGAUCUGGCCGGAGCCGAAGGAUGUGUGGUCCACGGCCUUCAUCCUCUACACGGCCACAGUGGGCUUCUUUGGGCCGCUGCUCAUCAUCUGCCUCUGUUACCUUCUGAUUGUCAUCAAGGUGAAGUCUUCGGGAGCGCGAGCCGGAUUCACCAAACGCCGCCGCUCAGAGCGUAAGGUGACCCGGAUGGUGGUGGUGAUCGUGGUGGUGUUCGUGCUCUGCUGGCUGCCAUUCUUCAUCAUCAACAUGGUCAACCUUGUGGUCAUCAUCCCGGAGUCCAGCGCCACCGCCGGCAUCUACUUCUUCGCCGUCAUCCUGUCCUACGCCAACUCCUGCGCCAACCCGGUGCUCUACGGCUUCCUGUCAGACAACUUCCAGCAGAGCUUCAGAAAAGUGUUGUGCGUGAGGAGUAUGCGGUGCAAUGCCAACGACGUGGAACACGGCGACCCCAGUGCACCGCGUACUGAGAAAACUACAGCACAUGACUGCAUCCUGUUCUCAGCUCGUACUGAUGCCCAGAGCAGCCAGAUCUCUCCUCAGCCUCCGGGGUCACCUACCUCUCACACAGCGGCAGACCUUCAUCGCUCCACCCCUACAUGCCAAUUUGCCUCCGCUUGCUCAAGAAUCGGACCCACAGUGACAUCCACGGCAGCCUCUAUGGUGACCGCCACGAUAACAGCAGCUGAAGCUCCUACUGUCACUGCCCUGACCACACCCUCCUCCUCUGCCUCCAUUGCUGCCACGGAACAGUAACAAAUGGCCUGGGAAUCUCAGAAAGAGUGCAAAGAUGAGCUGUGGAGGAAAACCAUAAUGUGAGACUAUAGAGAGGGAAGCAGAGAGGUUGGAUUAGCUCAACUUUUCUGUGUACACAAAUGGAAAAAUCCAUUCCUGAGACUAUUUUUCUUUGACUUGCAUACUCAUAUUCAAAGUGCAUUGCAACAAUUAUGCUCCAUAUUGGUGAAAAAAAAAGGUGUUUCUGUAAACAAAGAUAAUAUUUACAGAAACAAUUUUUCUGCCAUAAGUGCCUUUUCAGCUCCUAUCAUCACAACUUCUAAAUGAGCGCAGUAACAUCACAACCCUCCUCUUGUAAAUGGGUGUCAUGUAGCUUGCAAGAAUGCACUUAAUUUUCAGAACCAAAAAACACCAUUGGGGGCCCAAUAGAUUCCUUGCAGGAAUCUAAUAUUGGAAUUUUGGUUUGGCAUUACAGAGGUCUUUAAUGCAACAUAUGUGAAGUACUUUCAGAUAAAAAUCUUGCCUACUACAGCUUUAAUCAACCAGCAUGAUGUAAUGAUUCAUUUGUUUCAUUUCAGCCUCCUACUAAUUUAUGUUUAGUUGAUUUAAAAGGCCAAAUUAUGCUGAAACUGUACUCCAGCAUCUGUACAGCGUCGUGGUCUGCUGUGAUUCUAUUUGUUAUUUUGGUAAAAUGUAAUUUUAGUAAUUCUUUGUCUGGCUCAAUGCCCUUCUGUAACCACGUGUCCAGCAGUGAACAAAAACCUCUGACCUCAUUGUAUAUAUGCCUCUUACAUUGUGUCCUUAUGUGCUUGUGUCACACGCAAUGUGGGCAUGUACAGUUGUUGCUGUUUUGCACAGAACUAUGCGUUUGUUUUCUAGUUGCAAAAGCUGUGACAAAUCCAAAGUUUAUAGCCGAACAUAUUGUUGCUAGUGUUUUUGUGUGCUUUGCUCAGUGCCUAUUUCACUCUACAGUCGUACACCUGUAAGCAGGAAAUGGUGAGCGUCCACCUGGAAAUUAUGCUGUGUGCAGUGAAUUUUUAAAUUUCGUGUCCCUGCAAAUGUUAACUCUCUGGGUUUUUCCUAAACAUCUUCUUUAAACCCUCUGAGCCUAAAACCUGCCAAUAUAUUGGAAAGGCAUGUUUUUAAAGACACAAUAAACACAAAUUACACUAUUUAUCAGAGCCAGAAACAGAAAAAUUGUCAGUUCUUUAACAGAGUAACUGAACUAAUCAUUCAUGAUGUGUCCUUCCAUAACUUAACCAAAUCUACAAUCAAGAUAUUUAAUCAAAACCACAGUCAGUUGCAAAACUCUGCCAAAAAUUAAGUUUUCUCUGAUAAGACUUUUUAAAAAAAAUAAAGUAAAUUCUGGCCACUUUGGUGCAACCAUGAAGCCGUUUGAUGCAGUGACUCAGCUAUAGCAAACCCCUGCAUUGCAAAAAUUGAGGGACUUUUCACGUAAACUGCAAGCUGUGUUUACACAGAGCAAACAAUAGAAAAAAAAUUAAAGAUGUGCAGCAUGAAGUAGCUGUAGAAUGCAAAACCACCAUUUUUCCCCUCCAGGACUGGUAACAUCUGGGAACACUUGGAAAAAUGUUGCACAUGAUGAUUCCAUUUUUUUUUAAUUUUCUGUAAAAAAAAAAAUCUUUUAAAAAAAGUUGUAAAAUUCAAACAUAAUUUAUGAUUUCUGGCAGCAUAACUCUGUUAUACAGCAAAAAUUACAUAUUUUAAUACUGUCUGCUUUCAGUCAUUGUUGUGCUGUUUUAAAUAAGAGUGUAGAAUUUUCUAUUGCAGCGGAAAAUGAGUACACAGUGACUAAAAAUGUAUUGCAUUUUUUCUUUUUGGGUCAGGCACAUCAGCAACACGAGUAAUCUAUUGAUGUAUUAUUGUGUAUGUAUUAUUUACAUGUUUUAUGGUGGUCAUAGGUCAGAAUCCAACAGCUGAACCCUUUGCAAAAGCAUUUACUAGUUAAGAUUAUUCAGUAAAUGCAUUUAACUCACUUGAUUUAGAUCAAUUUAUUGUAGAGCUCACAAGAGUGAGAAUGAGUUCAGAAAAUGUCAGUGACAGAUUGUUCUUUUUCAGCCACUUUUCACUUGUGGAAAGAAAGCGAAUUCAUCAGCAGCAUGAAGAAGCUGAUCGGAUGAAUAUAUUUGAGUGGUGGAAAUGAUUCACAGAAACUAAAGCAAGAAAAAAUAUCAAGGCUGUUAAUUCUAAAGGCCUUUACAAGCAAAUACAGCUCAAGUGUUGUAUAUUUUAGUGAUAAUUCUAGCUGUUCAAAUGUGUCAGUGCUAUAUGUUUGUUGGGUUUCCUUGGAAUAAAAGGGUGUGAUGAAAAACCA